UACACUGCUAUAGGUCUAAAGAGAACACAACAAACAUGUACAUAAGCCUGGUGUUGCUGGGAUGCGCGCUGUGGGCCGCGUGGGUCACGAUAUGGUUGCGCACGCGGCGCGCGCGGCGGUUGCUGGCCGGGCUGCCUUGCUACCCCGAGCUGCCUUUCUUUGGAAGCGUGCACAAGUUCUUCGGAGGAGGGGAGCGUAUACUGCGUACCUUAACGGAGUUGUCAGCGAUAUCGGAUGAAAAAAGCCUACCAUUUCUAUUGUGGAUUGGACCUGUCCCCGCUUUGAUGUUUACCGGCGGUGAAGAUAUAAAGGCGGUGACCAACGCCUUCAUAGAGAAGCCUUACUACUACAACUUCGCGCGGCCCUGGCUGGGCAACGGGCUCGUUACUGGACCUGGUUCAAUCUGGAAGCACAACAUCAGGAACCUGGCCGGCACAUUCAACACCACCGUCGUGGAUGGCUACCAGAACGUGUUCAAUGCGCAAGCGCAGAACCUCGUGCGCAACUUGAAGAAAGAAGUCGGCGCGGAGCCGUUCGACGCCAUGCACAAGUAUCUGGCUUAUACCACGCUGGAGACUGUUUGCCAGACGGCCCUGGGCGUCCCAGACAUAACGGGCAGCAUCGUAACAGCGGAGUACUAUGCUGCUUUCAACAUGGCCGUGAAGCUUCUCAUCCGGCGCGGCCUCAACCUCUUUCAGCACUGGGGGCCUUUAUACCGGUUCUCGUCAUCCCACAAGCAGUUCAUGAAGUGCAUCGACGUCAUACACAACGUGUCGGACACCGUCAUAAACCUAAGAAAACUGGAGUGGGAGGAAAAGAAAAAGUCUGGAGUCGUAGAAAAAGAAGCUGAUCCAUCUGAAAUGAGGUUCAAGUCGUUCCUGGACAUCCUUCUGGAGAUCAGUGAGAGGGACGAGAAUAUGACCUUGGAACAGUUAAAAGCAGAAGUGGACACCAUCAUCGUGGGAGGACAAGAAACCGUGGCCACGACCCUGUUCUACUGUCUGCUUAUGAUCGGCUGCAAUGACGAUGUGCAGAACAAGCUGUAUGAAGAGUUAAAAGAAAUAUUCGGCGACAGUAAACGCGCCGUCCAAAAGCAAGACCUAGCGCAGAUGAAGUACUGCGAGGCGGUCAUCUAUGAGACGCUGCGGCUCUAUCCUCCAGCGCCUGUGGUCAUGAGAUAUGCCGACAAGGACUUGAAGUUAGCCACCUUCACGAUCCCCAAAGACACCGCUUGCGGCAUCAACGCGUGGGGCGCAGGCCGCUCGCGUCGUCUCUGGGGCGCCGAUGUCUUGAGCUAUCGACCUGGGCGCUGGCUGGAGGCAGACCUCGCUUGCACGCACGCUACUGGUCUACUGGCCUUCAGCUACGGCCGGCGGUCUUGUAUAGGUAAAAAAUACGCCAUGGCGUUCCUCAAAACGGCGCUAGCUUAUUGUGUGAGAGAGCUCCGCAUCAUUUCUGAUGCUGAGAACUUGAGGCUUAGGGUUGACCUGGCGCUCCGACCAGUCAGCGGACACUUGCUCAAGGUCCAGCUACGCUGACCUUCCACGCUAAGGAGUUUAGGACAAGACCAGGGAUCAUGAUGUCUUGGUUAUGAUGACGGCUGUAAAAGGGUACCGAAUCUUUUUUCUAAAAGUGAUUUUUUGUAAAUACUUUUAAUGAUUAAAUAAACAGUGUGCCCCUUUAGUCUGAAGGCAUGAGGUAGAGAUGGUGAUGGUAUAGAUGUGAUGGCAUGAUGAAGGUUUCUUUGGUACUUUUAGAACGUAAUUGUAGAAAAGGUUAGUUAUACAUACUUAA